CCCGUGUCCAUGGAGACAACUUGAGACCCACCCGAAUACAUAUCCCACAUGGAAGUGUGAGAAAAUGUACCGGCCCUCUCGUCUUCCUCUUCUUUCGCUUCCUCAAUUCUCUAUUUCUUUUAAAAGUACUUGUACAAUAUUACAAUUGACAACUCCUUGCGGCUCAUACUCUUAUGAUAAUUUUGAUGUACACGUUGACAACCUUCCAUCGGACACCAAAUACAAGCUCUUUAUAUUUAGGGCUGUCUUCUUUUUGACAUUCUAUUAAGUUAACUUGUAAAAGUGUAAAACAUCUUUUUCUUGGAUUUGCAAUGAUUUCUCCCUUUUGCAUUGGGUAGAAGAAUAUAAGGAAAUCUGGUUCCUCCAAACUGCGUGCUCGAUAAAAUUGGCUUUAGCAUUGGUGAGUCAACACCGGCCGGAGCAUUCAAAGAUGGGCUUCUAAUCUAUGACAGGAGUGGAGAGAUACAAGAAAGAAUAUAGACAUUUGGGAGUUUUGGACUGUUUGAUUGAAGAGAGGGAAAUAAAAAUGGCUUCCAACCUUUUACAUUCGCUGACGGAUGAAAAUCCUGAUUUGCAAAAGUAAAUUGGAUGUAAGACAGGCAUAUUUCAAAUGUUCGAUCUCCAUCAUAUUCUUACGGGACAGCACAUCUAGAAGAGGCUACCUCCGGGAAAUUCCCUCUUCAAUAAUGGAAAUUUGGACAGAGAGUCUAAUAAUGUGCAUCAAAGAUCUGUGAUGGAAAAGGGUUCAAGCCUGAAUUUUCGAGAAAGGCAGAGAGUGUCCACAGAAUCAUCCAGAGCUUCAUUCUCAUCUUCUUCUCGUUCAUCUUCUUUCUCUUCUCUUGAUUGUAAUCGAACUACUCAAAUAGAACCCUCGUCUUAUGACCGAAUACUUUUCCACGAAACUCCUUCAAGGAAUACAUCAAUGAGCCCACAAAUUUCGUCUGCGCAAUUUGGUAGACAUGCUCCCAAUCUUCGUGAUGUGGUGAAGGACUCCUUGUAUAGGGAAUUUCAGGGCUUAUCAUUUAAUGCUAAAUCCAUGCAGGAGGCAGCAGAUCCUGUUUUGAAGUACAGGGACACCCGAAAACCACUACCAAGAAUAUGUGAUGAUACUCAUGGCUCAGGCCUCGAUACGAACAAAAAUUUGCCAGCUGAUCUGAAGGAAUCUCUUAGAAUUCAUUCUAAACUUCGAGAAGCAUCUUGUAAUCAUAAUGAACCAAUAGAACUUUUAAGAGUAUCAUCCUAUAACGUGAAAGAUGGGCCAUCGUUUUCUAUUUCAAAAGAUGCCCCCGGGUUUCCUUAUGAUGGGAGGGAGAGAAACUGCAUUCCCUUUGAUUCGCGGGACAUUUCAAAAUCUACCAUUAAGCUUAAAGAUCUUCCAAGACUUUCAUUGGACAGUAGAGAGUGUUCCAUGCGGAAUUUGAAUUCUGAUACAAAAUCCAAUUUUUCGGCAAAAGGUUGGCAGAAAGAUGGUAGUGAGUUUGAUGAUAAGGUUCAGAAUUCUCAGCAAAUAUCUGGUAAUCAGGCACGGCCUCCAAGUGUUGUAGCAAAGCUGAUGGGCUUGGAAACAAUGCCAAAUGCUGGCUCAACCAGCAACAGUAACACGGGUUCAACUAGAAUUUAUCCAGAUGAAGAUUUUGUUUACCCUUCAAGGUCAAGUGAAAAAUUAGAUCUAUGUAAACCAAUCCAACUAUCCUUGAUGAACUUGAAGGAGCCAAUUUCACCACGCUGGAGAAAUCCCGAUACAGUGAUGAAGCCUAUAUUACGAUCUCCAAUUGAACCAGCACCAUGGAAGCGGGUUGAUGGAAAAAGAGGUUCUAAAAAACCAGCCUCCACAAGUAUGAGAGGUCCAGGAAAAUUUCCAAACACCUUUCCUUCUGUUAGUGAGGUAGAGAUGAUACUGAGAGACCUUGAAAUCACAGAAUCUGCAAAGGAUCUUAGAGCUCUUAAACAGAUAUUGGAGGCAAUGCAGGCCAAGGGACACUUGAAAACCCAAGACAUAGGACAAGAUUCAAGUUUAACGAGUCAUAAUGACUGUGAGCAAAAGUAUACAAGUUCCACAUAUGAUGCAAUAUCAGCAAGCAGCCAAAAGCCACAAUCUGUUAAAUUUCUUGCACCAACCAUGAACAGCAAAUCCUUGAAAAGUUUCGAAUCUCCGAUUGUAAUCAUGAAACCAGCAAAACUUGUUAAAAAAUCUGAUAUACCUUCGUCAGUUAUUUCACCUGAUUGCUUAUCUGGUCUACCCAUACAUCGGGGUGAUGAGGUCGUGGACGACAGAAAGGGUUUAACCCGUGGCAGAAUAGCUAAAGAUCAGAUUUCUAGAACUAGUCCUCAAGACCAUGCUUUAAAUUCUGUCAAUAUGAAAACAGACAGCAGAACUCUAAGAACGACACAAACUUCAAAAAGAUCACAUCACUUGUCCAAAGAUAGCAUUGUGGGACCAGGGAAGAGUUCAGGGUCCUGCAGUCCAAGAAUACAACAGAAGAAACUGGACCUGGAAAAAAGAUCUCAACCACCCACGCCUCCCAGUUUGAGCAAAUCAACGAGACAAUCAAACAAGCAACCAGGAGGGUCCAAUUCCCCAUGUGGAAGAUGCAGAUCUAAACAUCUCAGCUUGCAGCAAAAUGAUGACCAAUUGAGUGAGGUCAGUAGUGACUCAAGGAAUUUGCGUUACCCUGAGAAUGAAGUUUCUGUUCAUUCAAAUGAGAUCAUUGUGUUGUACUCCAAAAAUGCGAAAGUCAUUAGUUCUGAAAGAUCUCCUAGUAUUGUAGAAAAGGAAUCUCUCCUUACUGUGAGUGAAGAAGAAUCGGCAGAGUUCGCUCAUGUUCCUCCCGAGUACCCAAGCCCUGUAUCUGUUCUUGACAGUUCUGUGUAUACAGAUGAUUCAACAUCACCUAUAAAGCUUGCAGGCAAGACUCUUAAAGGGGACGGAUCCAUGGAUUCCAUAAGAAAUUUAAACAAAGUUCAAGGUAGUUCAACAGACGAUAUUUACCUAACUCAAUUGGAUCUGGUAUUAAAUCUGAAAUCAGUCGAAGGAAACUUCAAAACAUUGAAAGCUUAGUUCAGAAGCUCCAAAGGCUUAACUCCAGCCAUGAUGAAGAAAACAUAGAUUAUAUUGCUUCUCUCUGUGAAAAAACCAACCCCGACAACAGAUACAUUUCUGAGAUUCUAUUAGCUUCUGGUCUCAUCCUCAGGGACCUUAGCUCAAGCUUGGCUACUGAUCAGUUUCAUCCAUCGGGCCAUCCUAUCAAUCCUGAGUUAUUUUUAGUCUUGGAACAAACUAAGGCAAGCAAUUCGCAAAAGGAAGAAUGUAGCUCCAAAAACACAACUCAGUCAAUGACCAAGGAGAAAAUUCAUAGGAAACUUGUAUUUGAUGUUACCAAUGAAAUUCUUGCCAGAAAAUUGGCUUCUGAAAACAUUGUCGAUCCCUGGUUGAAACCUCAUAAGAUGGCCAGAAAGGACUUGAAUGCUCAAAAGCUUCUCAGAGAAUUGUGUUCUGAGAUUGAUGAUUUUCAAGAUAAAAAAUCACGAUGCAUCUUUAACAAUGAUGAUGAUGGAUUGAAAAUCAUAUUGUGCCGUGAUGUGAUGGAAAGAUCAAAGAGCUGGAAAAAUUUCGACAAUGACGAUUCAGGUAUUGUCCAUGAUGUUGAGCGGUUGAUCUUUAAAGACUUGGUGGAUGAAAUUGUGGGAAAGGCAGCUGGUUCAAGAAUUAAGCUGGGUAGGCGUAGGCAACUUUUUGCAAAGUAGUUUGUAUUACUACUGCGCUUGUACACCUCUUUAUGUUAUUCAUUUUUACAUUAUUUCUUUUAAGAACACGGCAAUGGUUGGUUAAAACUGUUGUUCUUGAAUCGUAGAAGGAGAUCCUAAUCCCAUCGAGUUCAUGCAUUGUAUAGUUUAAUGCUAUUUAUUCAAGAAAACGACACUUCUCUUUCUGGU